GCAUUGCGCAGGCGCGCUGCCUGGAGUCCCGCCCCCUGCGGGGGCUGCUCCAAUCACCACUGGAGGUUCCCUCCCAAGCCACCCGCGCUGGCGAGCUGAGAGGAAAUGGCGGGGAGGUCCCUGGUAUCGAAGGCGGAGCCCACCGUCGGAGCCGUGGACGGGGCUGAGAAGACCGAAGGGCAGGACACAUCCUCACAGAAAAUUGAAGACUUGAUGGAAAUGGUGAAAAAGCUGCAGAAAGUGGGAAGCCUAGAGCCCCGAGUUGAGGUCCUGAUUAACCGGAUUAAUGAGGCCCAGCAAGCCAAAAAGAAAGCCAAUGAAGACCUAGGAGAGGCCCGGACCAUCUGUGAGGCCCUGCAGAAGGAACUGGACUUGCUACAUGGAGAGAAAGUACACCUGAAGGAGAUCUUGAGCAAAAAACAAGAGACCCUGAGGAUCCUCCGGCUGCAUUGCCAGGAAAAGGAAAGUGAGGCACAGAGGAAGCACACCGUGCUGCAGGAGUGCAAGGAGAGAAUUUCUGCUCUAAGCUUGCAGAUUGAAGAAGAGAAGAACAAACAGAGACAGCUGAGGUUGGCGUUCGAGGAACAGCUGGAGGAUCUGAUGGGCCAGCACAAGGACCUCUGGGACUUCCAUAGGCCAGAGCGGCUGGCAAGGGAGAUUUGUGCUCUGGACAGCAACAAGGAGCAGCUGCUCAAGGAAGAGAAACUGGUCAAGGCAACGCUGGAAGACGUGAAGCAUCAGCUGUGCUCCCUGUAUGGGGCUGAGGGCCCCUCCACCCUCGAUGAGGGACUCUUUCUCCGCAGCCAGGAGGCUGCAGCCACAGUGCAGCUGUUUCAGGAAGAGCACAGGAAGGCUGAGGAACUCCUAGCAGCUGCUGCCCAGAGCCACCAGCAGCUGCAGCAGAAGUGCCAACAAUUGCAGCAGAAGCGGCAGAGGCUGAAGGAAGAGCUGGAAAAGCGUGGAAUGCAAGUCCCUGCCCAAGCCCAGAGCACACAAGAGGAAGAGGCUGGCCCAGGAGAUGUGGCCAGUCCCAAGCCCUUAAAAGCCCCUGAGGAGAAAGACCUGGAGCUGCACACCGAGCAGGGCCUGAUGUCCUCAUAGGCCAGGAGGACACACUCCACCCCUGACCUUAGCCCAAGGGGCUUUCAGGAAACAAAGGAGUUACUUUGAUA